GACGCGGCGCAAAAGCGAAGUCAACCACGACAGUGAAAUGGUAAACAAACAACACUGAGUUGAAUCUCCUGGUUUGAGGAGUAGGUAGCUGGCAUAUAUUGAAUGCCCAAAUUGUAAUAUUUUAUUAGGUAAACUGAUCUGAUUAUCAUUCUCAGCUUUGUAAUGUGAUUUUUUUUAGACAGUUAAGUUAGCCAAUUUAGCUAAGCUAACGUCGCCAACCAACUACGGUAACUAAAGUGCCUACAUGGUUGAGUUGGCGAGCUAGAUAGUUCCUGUUUCAUUACCCAGUUGUAAAUAAAGCUAACUUUCAACUUUUUGCAGGGGAAGAUGUGCAAUUUUAAUAGAGUUGUCUACGGAUAACGUUGGAAUUAUUUAAUUGACGAAGGAUUUGUAUUUUUUUUAACCAUAUAAUUUAAAAAUCUCUACAGUACCAUGUCUUUAUACUCGAUACCAAAGAAAAAGCACACAGCUUUUUAUGAUAAUGUCUUGACACCAAGGGACCCUUAUGCGAAAGCCCGAAAAGCUUCAAAGAUCAGCGUUGAAGUUCCGCGAGAAAAUAUAAAAGGUGACGAUAUGAGAUCAUUGGAUAAAACCAAGGAGCUAAACACGACCUACGUUAUCUCUGGACUGUCAAAAAGCAGAGGUCAGAAGAAUGACACGCCCGCUCUUGGCCGAUUCGCCCUUCAGCACCCGUUUUCCUCUAACGGCGACAAAACGAUAAGUGAAAACACUAUGGAAAUCAUUCCGAAUAGCACACCUGCAUCUGAGAAAACACUGUCGUUGCAACGCAGAACAGGUUUAAUUGACAAAAGCGCAGGUAAUGACAUCGGCAAAGCAUAGGGCUCUAGACAACGCUGGGUCAGCGGUACCGACUCUAAUCAGUCUAAAGUUCUCUCUGAAUCAAACCCCCGAACGCCAGGAAAUGCAGGUGUAUUACGGUCAUUUAGUCUUAGGGACACCUCAUCUAAAAGUAAAUCGAGAGAAGCUGUUAACCUUUUAAACUCCCCAACUAAAGGAGUUGAAAGGUUUCCGUCUAGAUUUGCGCCAAAACAACCAGCAACCCCGGGUAAAGUAGACGUGACAAAACCAGAGGACCAGACCAACACGUUUUCAACACCCACGAGAAAGACUCCUUUCGAGAAAAUCACGGCAAAUAAGGAUGCCUUUGAGAGGUUGGCUGGGAAAAAGGGCCAAAAAGUGGUAGCUGUAAAAACGACAAGCCUAGAGAUACCAAAGAAGCACGUACAGGUGACCGUGGAGGCUGCAAUACCUGGUGCAAAUCACCCUAAGACGUUUCCGCUCAAUAGUCAAGGAGCGAACGUGGCCUCGACCUUUCCGCCAGCGCAGGUGAGAAAGAACUCAAUCCAUAGCGAUGUAAGCGUGGCGAGGUCCUCUACCCCUGCACCAACAUCCUAUGUCUCGACCGAGCCUUUGGUCCGAUCCAAACCGGAUACCCUGAAGAUGGAGAACAGUGCUGUGACAGUUGCGGUCCGGGUGAGGCCAUUCAACACCAGGGAGAAGACAGAGAAAGCAUCGCAUGUGAUCUUCAUGGAGAACCAGGAGACUGUUGUUCAACAUCCAGACACCAAGCAGAGGCACGCCUUCACAUAUGACUUCUCCUUCUGCUCCAUCGAUAAAAGCGACCCUGGCUUUGCCAGCCAGCAGACGGUGUAUGACAAACUGGCCAAGCCUCUUCUGGAGAGGGCCUUUGAGGGGUUCAACACCUGCCUGUUUGCUUACGGCCAAACUGGGUCGGGGAAGUCAUACACUAUGAUGGGUUUCGGGGAGGAGGCAGGGCUAACACCAAGAUUCUGCGAGGAGCUCUUUGCUCGGCUGUCUGCAGUUGACAAUCAGGUCACAUGUCAUCUGGGGAUGAGCUACUUCGAGGUGUACAAUGAAAAAAUCCAUGACUUGCUCAUCGUCAGGGAUGAACAAAACCACAAGAGGUUACCUCUGAGGGUGAGGGAACAUCCAGUCGACGGACCUUAUGUUGCUGAGCUGUCCACGAACGUGGUGAGCUCCUAUGAAGACAUUCAGGGUUGGCUGGAGCUUGGGAACAAGCAGCGAGCCACUGCAGCCACAGGCAUGAACGACAAGAGCUCCCGAUCCCACUCCGUCUUCACCCUGGUUAUGACCCAGACCAAGACUGAGUUUGUGGAAGGGGAGGAACAUGACCACAGGAUCACCAGCAGGAUUAACCUGGUGGACUUGGCCGGCAGCGAGCGCUGCUCCUCAGCCCAGACCAGCGGUGACCGCCUCAUUGAAGGUGCCAGCAUCAACAAGUCCCUGCUGAGCCUGGGGAAGGUGAUCUCUGCCCUGUCAGAGCAGGCCCAGACUAGGAGGAAGGUCUUUACCCCCUACAGGGAGGCUGUGCUCACAUGGCUGCUGAAGGAGAGCCUGGGCGGAAACUCCAAGACGGCCAUGAUCGCCACCCUGAGUCCGGCGGGCAGCAACGUGGAGGAGAGCCUGAGCACGCUGCGGUACGCCAAGCAGGCCCGCAUGAUCAUCAACGUGGCCAAGGUCAACGAGGACACCAACGCCAAGCUCAUCAGAGAGCUGAAAGCUGAGGUAGAGAAGUUACGGGCGGCUCAGAUGAGCUCUCAGGGCAUCGAGCCGGAGAAGAUGCGCCUCUUCCAGGAGGAGAUCUUGGCUCUGAAGAGCCAGCUAACGCAGCAGGAGAGGGAGAUGGCCGAGGCCCACAGAGCGUGGAGAGAGAAGCUGGAGCAGGCAGAGAAACACAAACGUGAGGAAACCGAAGAAUUACAGAAAGCGGGCGUCACGUUUGCUGUGGACAACCGACUUCCCAACUUGGUGAACCUGAACGAGGACCCACAGCUGUCGGAGAUGCUGUUAUACAUGAUUAAGGAGGGACAGACCAAGGUUGGCCAGCACAAGUCAGAGUCCCCCCACGACAUCCAGCUGUCUGGGGCCCUUAUCGCCGACCACCACUGUUUCGUUUCCAAUGUAAACGGUGAAGUCAGCAUCACCCCCAUGGAAAACGCCAAGACCUUUGUCAACGGGAACCUGGUCUCUGACACCACUGUCCUGCGUCAUGGCGACAGGGUGAUCCUGGGCGGAGACCACUACUUCCGCUUCAACCACCCGGCAGAGGUGCAGUCUGGGAAACGCGUGUCAUGCUGGACGGGAGCGGGCGAUGGCCAGAAGGACUUUGAGUUUGCCAAAAACGAGCUGCUCUCUGCUCAAAGAGCACAACUGGAAGAGGAGAUCGAGGAGGCGCGUCUGAAGGCCAAAGAGGAGAUGAUGCAGGGAAUCCAGGUGGCAAAAGAGAUGGCCCAGGAGGAGCUGUCGGACCAGAGGGCUCGUUAUGAGAACAGGAUCAAAGCCCUGGAGAGAGAACUGGAGGAGGAGAGCGAGAGGAAGCGGCAUUGGGAGAUGGACCAGCAGCAGGUAGCCUCCAAGAUGGAGGAGCUGCAGUCGGCCAAGGUGGAGCUGGAGCAGGAGGUGGACACGCACAAGACACGUCUCCGCCUCCAUCUGGAAGCCCAAGCCACACGGCGGGCCAUGGCUGACCACGGUGUCCGACAGGCCAAUGUGGUGGAGGCCCUCGAGGCAGAGAAGAGGAAGAUUGGCAAAGACCUCGAGGAGAUGCAGAGGAAACUGGCACUGAAAGGAAGCCGGACUCCGAAAAACGUCCCUCCUCGGUGGGAUGCCAUGAAGUUGUCUCUGAUGAUCGAGGAGGCCAACAAGAUCAGUGACAAACUCAAGAAGAACACAGUUUUCAGCAGACACGAGGGGUCUGAGAAGAAGGGCGGAGAGGGAGAGCUGCAGGUCCAGGUCAGAAACACCAAACUGGGCAUCUCCACCUUCUGGAGCCUGGAGAAGUUCCAGAGCAACCUGGCCGCCAUGAGGGAACUCGACCAGGGGGACCGCAGCGCCUCUAAAGAUGACGACGUGUUUUACCACCCCAAUGAUGAGUGGGAGCAAGAUAUAUCUGCCUCAACCGCCGCCUCCUUUUCACGCAGACGGAGCAGAAGCCUGUUGAAGAGCAGGAGGAUUUCAGGGCGUCUCUAUGAAAUCAGAGUGCACCCUAUUCAGAGCCUUCAUAAUAGCAACUUGCCACAGUCCUCUGGUCUGUUGGGUGUGGCCAAACCACCCUCUCUGCUCCCAAGCUCGUCAGACUCCGUCCUGCCGGGGAUCUGCAAAGAUCUGAUUGGUCAGGCGGUAGGGCAGCUGCGCGAGUGUCAUAGCCACGAGGAGAGCAUGGCAGACAGGCUGACCUCUGACCUCUGCUGUGUGCACGCGGCCGUGACAACCAUCUCCGACCUGUAUGACGGCCUGGACGAUGACAGUCAGGAGAACAUGUUUGUGGCUGAGGCACAGAGCCAGCUGGUGAAGGCCACCUCAGCCAUCCAGAGAGCUGUGUUCAUCACCAUGCAGUGGGCGACCAGCGUCGAUCCCGGAACCGGAACGCUCUCCAUUAACGCAGAGGAGCUCAAGACCCAAGUCAAGAGAAUGGGAGGCUACUUUCAGCUUCUCAUCCAGGGCUGUGACUCUGAGAUCUCGUCCAUGGCGAACGAGGCCCACAGGAAGAGUGGUCAGUGUCUGGACUCGGCCCUGCAGGUCAUCAGCCACCUGGCGGCGUUGACCGGGACCCAGCUCCAUGUGACUGAGCUGUGGGCCGAGGCCACGGGCAAGCGGUCUGUGGUCCUGUCUCUGUUGGAGGGGACCUGUAAAGGGGUGCACUCUCUCCUGGAGGAGGGCCUGACUAUCUCCAAGGAGAUGCUGAGCGACGCUCAGCUGACCUAUCCCAGGACUCCGGUUUUGCAGAGCCUCAAGUCGAAGAUGCUCGACCUGUCCUGCGCUCUCCAGCGCUAUAUCCACUGCCACAUGACGGAGAGGGAUGAAGGCUCGGAGAGGAACGGUGAGGACCUUGAUCCGUCACACCUGCACAGAGUGAAGAACACGGCAGCCAAACUGUUCCAGCUCAACAAGGCCAUCGGGAAGCUCCACUCUGCUCUCUCUCUCGCCCUCCAAGGUAAAACCAGUGACGCCAGCCUCAGCGCCUGCCGGGAAACUGUCUUCUCCUCGUCCAAGACCAUCGAAGAGGUCAUCAACAGCCUCCCCAGUGGCGCCACGGGGUCGGCUACCAACAACUUCAGCCUCCGUCUGCCCUGCGUGCAGACCGUCAUGGCGGCCCGGGAUGAGCUCCACGCUGCCCUGCAGUCCCUGAGUAACGCCUUCAACCCCCAGGGCCAUGAGGAGGAGAAGACGAGGUCUUUUGGCUCAGAGAAAAGCUUAGUAGAAAUGAGUCUGGUGAAGGAGGUGGCUUCAGCCAUGGGAAUGACCAGAGGAGCCCCUAAGAUUGUUAAUUCUCUCUCUUCAGGGGUGUCUUUGUCUAAUGAUGAUGAUGUGUGUUGUGUUUGAUGCACAGGCACGAUGAGCUGAUCCGGGUCGUGUUUCUGUAGGCGUGAAACUGCAGAAAAAAACUGGUAAAUGGGGAGGUAGUGAUCUGAACUUGUCCAAUAAGGAACACUUGUUUUUGGUUUCUGUUGCAAAACAUUUUGCUAAUGUGUGCCCUAAUGAACAUGACCCAGAUGAUCAAUGUAAAAAAAAAAAGAAUAAAAAAAAAAAAAGAUACUGGUUCAAUGCCAUUGAUACAAAGAACCUACAGUGAGAAUGUUUACGUCAACGGUCCAUCCAAUUGCACUAAAACACAAGGUUCCCUGUUGAAUGCUCUAUGUUGGCCAUUAAAGAUUUUAAUUCCAUUGUAAAGUACUUGGUAAUUAAAUUGUACAGCAGUGGAUUUGUUUGCCAUUUUGGUUAGAUCUUCUCAUUCUUGAUUCCUUUUAUGUGUAACGUCUGUUUUUCAUAUUGUUGCAUUAAUACAUAUGUAGUUGAAGGCACAACUUACUGUAACUCACUCAAAGCGGUUAGAGGUGUCACGGUCAAGCUAUCCUUGGGAGGCUAUCAGUGCGUCAACUAUAUUCGCUUAAAACCUUGCACAAAGUCAUUUUUGGCUUCUCAUUCAUGACACUUUUUGUCUCUUGGUAAAGAUUUUAAUUUUGAUACCUCACAAUCAUGUAACAUUACGAGUGAGGACAAUAAAUUAAUAUUUCUCUA